AUGUAUUCGUCCUCUUUGUCAUCUCGUCGGACGAUCAAUCACGCCGUGAAGGACGUCCCGUCUGUAUCUCGCCGGAAAAGGGUGGCGGUGCCGCCCAAACUCAAGUUCCUAGUCAGCUACAAUGGCACAUUCUGCCGCCGGCCGCCGUCCCAUAAGUUACGGUACACCGGAGGGGAGACCCGGAUUAUAUCCGUGGACCGUGGUAUCAGCUUCGCGAAACUCAAGUCUAAGAUAGCUACUGAAUUGGUUCGUCCGAACGCUGUCGUUUCGGGUUUCCGGUUUUCUCUGAAGUAUCUUAUCUCUGAGUCUUUUUGUGGGGGUGAUGAGCCGGUGCUUAUUUCGUUAGAAGCAGACGACGACGUUCGGACCAUGGUGGAGGAGUAUGAUCAGGCGAUGAAAUUCAGCAGUCUGAAGAGACUCUGGGUUUUUGUUUGUGAUGGUAAAAACGCUGUUGAUGAUUGUGGGUUUAUGGGUACGAAGCUUGGGAAUUUGAAAAUUGGGAGCCAAGGGUUUUACGAGGGUAAGAAAGGGUUUGCGGGAAUUCAGGGGAAUCAGAGAUUGCGUUCUGUUCAAGGGUUUCCGAGUGAAGAUCCAUCGGCCCUUAUCGGAAAAGAUGAUGAUGAUAAAUCGAAUUCCCACCGGAGUAAGAAAUGUUGUGACCAUUCUUUGAGGAAGGCGGUGUUGAAGCAGCAAUUGCUGGCCAAUAAAUUCGCCGAUAUUCGGAUUUUCCAUGGGCUUGAUGAACAGAGCGAGAUCGAAUUGACUGGUGAGAACGGUGAUUGUGAAGCUCCACUUAUCGAUCUUUGCUCGGAGCCUGAAGGCCCCUCGAGUUUCGACUCCAAAUUUCUGAAUACCGGGCAGGACUUGGGUAUGAAAGUGACAGAGUACAGAUAUAAGAAUUCCCUUGGUUCUGAGAAAGUUUCCUCUGUCAAGCAUUCUGAUACACUGCCAUUGAAUCCGAAAGAUGGGUAUCUUAAGACGGGAUUUUCAUUAGUUCAAGGUGGUUUCCGCAAGGACCAAAGCCAUAAAUCAAUUUCAAGGGAAGCAAGAAGCCAGAGAACCUGUCCUUAUGACAUUAAGGUAGGUAAACUGUAUCCCCGGAAUACAACUAUGGCGAAGCCAGGCCCUGUCUUGAGGCCUUUGAAAAGGGCAGAUAUCGGCAAAGGUUACAGAGCUGAUGCUUGUGUAAAUACCAGUUCAAAGUCAGUGGGAAUUCAGACAGAACCCUUAACUGGUGAUCCAGGUCUUGAUGAGCUUCCCAGUGUUAAUACUCUUGGCGAUGAUCAGCCUGCUUCUCAGUAUAAUCUUUCCACGGAAAUGACUGGCAAGUUGCAAAUUCUAGAUCUUCCUUGUCCCAUAAUCGACGAAACCGGAAUGCCCCCAAUGCCGCAGUCAAAUGCAUUGGAUUUGAUGGAAGAAGAACAUUUGGUUGAAAAAUCGAAUGAUGUCUCUUCUCCAGGUUCGAAGAAUGCUGCAAAAUUGGAAAAAGAUGAUGAAGAAAAACACAAAAUACAGCUUGAUUCUGCUAUCAAUUUGAGCAUUCAAGAUAAGGGUAACAAAACGAAUGAGUGCUUAAAGGCUAAUGGUGCAUUGCCCGCUUUUGUAUACUCUGAAUUAGCUACUAGUGAGCUUCAAAAUAUCAGAAGUUCUGACCUUGAAUUCAUCAAGAAACUGGGAUCAGGAACAUAUGGAACUGUGUAUCAUGGGAAAUGGAAGGGCUCUGAUGUUGCAAUCAAACGAAUCAAACCCAGCGGCUUUGCUGAUGGUACAAAAGAGGAGGACCGACUGGUAGCAGCCUUCUGGAAGGAAGCUCGCAUUUUAGGCCAGCUUCGGCAUCCAAAUAUUGUGGCGAUCUAUGGUGUAGCUUCUGAUGGUCCCCUUAACUGUUUGGCAGCUGUGACAGAGUACAUGGUUAAUGGCUCACUCAAGCAAGUUCUCCAUAGAAAAGAUAGGACAAUAGAUCGUAGGAAAAGACUGAUUAUAGCAAUGGAUGCCACUUGUGGCAUGGAAUAUUUGCACGAAAAGAAGAUAGUGCAUUUUGAUUUAAAGUCUCACAACUUUCUCAUGAACAUGAGGGAUCCUCAUCGACCAGUUUGCAAGAUUGGUGAUCUUGGCUUGUCAAAAGUCAAGCAGAGGACGCUUGUAACUGGUGGCAUACGAGGAACUCUUCCAUGGAUGGCUCCAGAACUACUUAAUGGAAACAAUAGAGUGUCAGAAAAGGUUGAUGUAUACUCAUUUGGGAUUGUCAUGUGGGAACUCUUGACUGGGGAAGAGCCUUACCAAAACAUGCGAUCUGAGGAGAUAAUUGCUGGCAUUAUCAGAGGAGACUUGCGACCUGAGAUUCCAAGUUGGUGUGAUCCGGCAUGGAGGUCACUGAUGGAGAGGUGCUGGUCGACUGAUCCGAAAUCAAGGCCACCUUUCUCAGAGAUAGCAAAGGAGCUGCGGAAAAUGGCUGCUUCCAUGAAACAUCAAGUAACAGAAACAGUCGUAUAG